UAUUUACGAAUAUUUUUCAUACUUAUUCAGCAAAAUGAUUACGGAAAAAAAUUUAGAAGCGGAGAAGUAUAAUCCUUACGAGCACCGUGUAGUAGAAAAGCCGAAUUCAGAUAUAAGAUCGACCGCAAAUAUUAUAAAGGCGUCGUUGGGCUCGGGAUUGUUGGCGGGACCUUUAGCUUUCUCUAACGCGGGAUGGGGCGUUGGAAUUGUUGGUACAAUUAUCAUAGGGUUUAUAUGCGGACACUGUAUCCAUAUAUUGGUAAAAACAUCUAGGGGAUGUUGUAUAGUAGAAAAGAAACCAUCACUUGGCUACGCUGAAACAUGUAGAGCUGCUUUUAAGAAUGGACCAAAAUGUGUUAGGUCUUUUGCAAACGUCGCGAGCAUAUUUGCGGAGUUUUCUCUUCUGUCGACGUAUGUCGGCGUGUGCUGUAUCUAUACAGUGCUCAUAUCAGACUCGGUUAAACAGCUAGUUGACCGCUACUUCGCAACAGUAAUAAUACCAGUAGAAUACUACUGCCUCAUGUUACUGAUACCACUCUGCAUACUGUGCCAGAUCAAAUACUUAAAAUGGCUGGCUGUAUUCUCCCUGAUAGCCAACGUUCUACUAGUAGCCACUUAUUUAGUAUGCCUGUAUUAUAUUUUCGGGGAGCCCUUGAACUUCUCGGACAAAAAAGUAGUGGGCAACCCUGCUCGAUAUCCAGCAUUUAUUUCGACUGUAAUUUUCGCCAUGGAAGGCAUAGGCGUGGUGAUGCCCGUUGAGAAUGUCAUGAAGAAGCCCAAGCACUUCCUAGGUUUUCCUAGCGUGCUGGUAGUGGCUAUGACUGUCAUUGUCUUUCUGUACAGCACUCUGGGUCUGUUUGGAUACUUCAGAUACGGUGACGUUUUAAGAGGAUCCAUCACUCUUAAUUUGCCAAUGGAUGACUGGCCAGCGAUUUGCGCAAAGAUUUUCAUAGCGCUAUCAAUUUUCCUGACGUACCCACUGCAGUUCUACGUAGUUAUUGACAUAUUUACUAAGUACACAGAACCUCACAUCAAGGACAAGUACAAAUUGAUCACGCAGAUCGCAGCCAGAACUAUCGGGGUGUGUGGUUGUGUGGCCAUCGGAAUCGCUCUGCCCCUGCUAGAGCAAAUCAUCAACAUCGUUGGCGCGUUCUUCUACUCCACCCUUGGUCUCAUCAUACCUGCUAUUAUCGAGUCUGUCUUCAGAUGGCAGGACUUGGGAAGAUACAACUGGGUUCUCUGGAAGAAUAUUCUGAUUGUGCUGUUUGGGCUGGGCAGUUUAAUCUCUGGGUGUACUGUCACUAUUAUGGACAUUAUAGAGAUUUUGAACAGCAGGACUGUGUAGAUUACAAUGUAAUUAUUGAAAAAUAUAAGAAAUAACUAGAUACUAACCAUUUACGAGUAUAAAGAUAAAGACUUUUUUAUCUGUAAAUUAACUUUUCAUUAUCCUUCUAAGUUGUUACUGUUACAUAAGAUAGAUUAAGGUUUUUAGGAAAUUGAUAGGGUCACUAAUUGUGAUUCUGAAAGACUCAUAAUUUUGAAUUAUAAUUUAGUUUGUUAAUUAAAUUAAAUUAUUCCAUAA